GAGAGAGAGAGAGAGAGAGAGAGAGAGAGAGAGAGAGAGAGAGAGAGAAAGAGAGCGGAAGCCUCCGGUCUCCGGAAGCGUGGACACACAGGGGGUUACCGGCUGCUGUCACCAUCUGCUGUUAACGCUGCGUCAGGAUGUGGGUCGAGGAAAAGGCCAAACCGGAGUCGAACCGGAGGACAGUCGGCAUGCGCCAGCAUUUUGUUAACAGUCUUGUUUACUGCACUGGAGACAUGAUGCACUUCAGCCAGUACAUGGAGGACAAGGCCUUCAUUUUUCAGCUGUUUGAGUGGAGCAUGCGGGGUGUAGCCAGGGUCAUCCUGGCCAACAACCCCCUGAGUGGUGUUCUGAUCCUGGGAGCACUGGUCUGGGCCUCCCCCUGGCAGGCUCUACUGGGGACCCUGGGUCUACUGACCUCUACACUCACUGCUGUUAUCAUAGGACAGGACAGUGAGGAGGUAUCCGGAGGUCUCCAUGGGUUCAAUGGUAUGCUGGUGUCUCUGUUGAUGGGGGUGUGCAGCUCUGCAGGAGACUGGUAUUGGUGGCUGCUACUGCCUGUCUUUCUGGGGAGCUACCAG